GGUAAGAUCAGCUUUCCAUAUUGAUAACUCGGUGCGAUUAAUAAGUGGCAGCAAAACAGUCUAGCCGUUUUGCUUGUGCAGUAAAAGGAACAGUCGAAACGCAAGAUUAGAUAGCACAUUGCGGCAGUACUGACGUAAACUAGCAUGCCACCCAAGACGAGGUCCCGAGGGAAACCUGUGAAGCCAACGACAGAACCGGGUGAAUCUGCCUCACCUGUCGAGGACGCCACAGAGGAGAAUGUCAAGGUGAAGAGGAAAACGGCAAACGCUAAGGGUUCGGUGAAGAGUAAAGCAGACGCAGCGGCUCCCGCUGAGAAACGUCUCCACAGUUUCUGGCUGAUGAAGUCUGAGCCGGAGAGUCGGAUUGAAAAUGGAGUCGACGUGAAGUUUGGAAUUGAGGACCUGAAGGCUCUCCCCAAUCAGACAGGAUGCUGGGAUGGAGUUAGAAACUACCAGGCUCGAAAUUUCAUGAGGGAUAUGAAGGCUGGCCAGCAAGCAUUCUUUUAUCACAGCAACUGCAAAGAGCCUGGCAUUGCUGGUCUAAUGACGAUUGUGAAAGAGGCGUAUGUGGACCACACUCAAUUUGACAAGAAAGAUGCUCACUAUGAUGCCUCCAGCAAGCCGGAAAACCCCAAAUGGUCUAUGGUGGACGUGCGGUUUGAGAGGACGCUGCGUCGCUUCGUCCCGCUCUCUGAGCUGAAGAGGCUCCACCUGCGUCACAAGGCCGAGGGCGGGGAGCUGAGGGACAUGGCCCUGUUCACCCGCGCCCGGCUGUCCGUGCAGCCACUCACCAGGGAGGAGUUUGAUUUUGUCCUGAGCCUGGAGGACAAAGAGCCACUUUGACUGUUUUUAUCUUCAUCACGACUGCAGAAGACUCGGCUGCCUGGUACUCUGGUCCACGUGGUUUGGAUUGCGAUCACAGCCAGGCACUGCAAAUCUGUACAUAUUAGUACAAGUAGUUUGUCAGAUCUUUACGGAGGCGAUUUUAUCGUAAUCGGAUUAAACUACAGUAACCGGAAGGUUCUGUGUUCAUUCCUGUAUCCUGUAUUAUGAUCGUAGGUUUUGGUUGAUAAUAAGAUUAAGGAUAUUUUUGAAAAGCCUUGGCUAAGGAUGGAACAUCUGUUGCCAUGGUAUUUGGCUACAUCACACUGUUUUAUAAAUAUUAAGGCAUCACAUUGAAACAUGUCAGCUUCAACAGUAGACAAGGAGUGUCGGGUGUUAAAUGUUAAAACCGCUUCCAUCUAGUCUACGCAAUCUGUGAUUUCACUGUUAAACUCCUCUGUAAUGUGCUAUAUAUUUUAUAACCUGAGAUAAGAAAAUAAAUAUUUGAUAUUA